CAUUUUAUAUUUCCCCUUGGAUCCACGUUGCAAAGGCCCUCUUUUUCUGCCUCUUCGCGCCCUUAUUUUCUCGCACCUCUCUUGAUUCCGUGUUCCUGAUUACAUUCCAUCCCGACUAGCAGCAGCCUUCGUCCUCCCUCCAUCAUCCCCUCUCCUCCCCUCCUUCUCCUCCCUCCCUCCACGUCUCCGUUUCACGUUCUCCCCUUCGCUUCUCUGUCCUCUGUCCACUUUGUCUCUUCGUUCUUACUUUUAUUCAGUUACCAGUUUCUACUCCCAUGAGACAUGCCCGCCAUGUUGUCAACUGUCUCGCUAAUUGAUCCCACCACCCUCAACCCGUCCUUUUCGGGCCCAGAGAACAGUCGAAUGGGCAGACCUGCGGUCAUCAUCACCCGUGGGGACCAGCAGACCUCUGUCGACCAGAUCCAGUUACUGCUCACAAGCGCAAAGGCCUACCGCCUGCAGAUGCUUGCCCUCUCCAAGACAGCCGCCAACUUUGGAUACGCCCUCGAGAAAAUCGCACACUCCAAGGCCGCAGUUCGGGAUCCAUCCAAUGUUUCAUCGAGUCUCCAAGCUGCCGCGGGGUUGCAUUAUCUAAUGUCGAACCAUCAUCAGAUCCUGAGUGACACGUUGUACAAGCAGUUCGAGAUUCCACUGCUCCAGCACCUCGACACCCACAAGGCCAACAUCGAGGCCAGUGAGGCACAGUAUGAGCGAUCGAUGAGGGAUAUGAGCCAGAAGAUCAAGGAGACCGAGGCCACUUCAUUGCAGAACGGUCGUAAACGACAGCGAGACCUCUUCCAAUUUCGGCAGGCACUUACGACCUUGACGAUGCAGGUCGAUGAACUGGAGCGGAUCAAAUUGGGUUACUACUUCAGCAACUUGGAGAGCGAGCAGGCAAACCUGCAGCUGAUUUUACAGAAGACGUCGACUAUCGUGCGAGCCGAGGUCGAUAUUUACGAAAGGAUCGCAAACAAAGGCUUGAACGAUGCAAUUCUGGAGCCCAUGACCACACAGGGGCCGGACCCGUAUUGCAUCUACCCGACCACGGAUGAAUUUUCGUCGAUCUUCUCUAUUCUACCUCCUACACCCAUCAUCCCAACAUCAGGUGCUGGAACGACAGGGACAACGACCCCACAGCCGGAUGCGAUCAUGUCCAACUUUUAUGGGUACCACGAGCAUAACACCUUCUCGACAGCACGGAAUCUGACCAACGCUGCGACCAGAGACCGACACCUCUUUGGAGAUGCCUCGUCUGUGGAGUCCAAGGAGGUCGUGAUCAAAAAGACUACCACUACCACUACCACCACCACAACAACCGCAUCUGUAGCGAACGAUGUCCAGUCCACACAGGAGUUAAGUGCGAAAACAUCAAAGGAUACGGCAUCUUCCACGAACGAGCCCUCAGAAACAGUGAAGCUGGACAGGGACCAGGAUGUUGAAACCCUCAAGGAGUCCGACGGGCGGUCACCAUCACCCGAAGGGAUCGUAAUGGCUUUGGAGGUACAGAAGGAUGACGACGAGAAGGAUGAAUUGACGGGAGAAUCUGCUGGACUGGAGACGAAGUCAACCGAGCAGGAUUCUCAGAGUUCUGACUAUGAAAUGGUCGAUCCACAGCCAUCGGGCGCUUCCGAGGAAGCGGGAGAGAAUCAGAACGCAUCCACUACGGACGAUAGCAAUGGCGUGGAUCUACGAAGUGGACAGCAGCACCAUCGGCGGCCGGAUACUGCCCCCUCCAAGGAGGAUAUCCCACAUCAUCCAGCGUCCAGUCCUAGCGAACCCGCAUCCUCUGUCCGCUCAUACUCGCUUCGCUCUUAUUCCGGAUCGAGAUCACAUCUGCUCCUUGCCUCGACACCGGAAUCACCUCCCGUCCGGGGCACGAUCCACAUCGGACAGGACUCUGAGCUGCUGAAUAACAGGGACUUUUCGUUCUCGUACGAGCCCUCGGAGUUUAUGGAACAACGGAGUCUGCACUCGCAGCUGAACCUCAGUCGACAUGGCGCACAUUCAGGACUUCAGGCGUUUGGGGGGUUCGAUGAGAUGGAGGAGGACCACGGAGGAUUCGGUGCGACGCCACCGACGACGACGAACACCUCGCUUCAUCAGCAGGCACCACUGAACAGCUCACCACAGCACCAGCACCAGCAUCUUCACAGCAGGAACCAUAGCCAGCACCUGCAUACCCUUCGACAUACCUCGAGCGAUGGGCAAUUGAGUCACAGCUCCUCCUCGAACCUGAGCAGUAUCGGUAGUAACUCCAGUGGCAGCCUGCAUCAUCGUCGAAGCACUGGCAGGAUCAAGACCGAGCUCGAGACGAGUUCUCUGUCGGCGGCGAUGUUUGAUGGUGAGGAGCCGUAUCUGCCGACGAUGACGAACAAUAGACAGGUGGAGAUGCGACGGGGGUUCGAUGAUGGGAUGCCGGCGUUCUUUGCGGAUGAGGUUGAGGAGGAUUCGCAGGAGAGGCAGACCCAGGCGAGGCCGUCGUCGUUGAGACAGUCGUUUGGGUGGAGUGCUUAUGGAAGUAUUGGUAGUGGGCAGGUGAGUCGGAGACAUAGUGUGGACUCGAUGGUACGGAUGGCGGAUGGGAGCUGUAAGGAUAUGAGCACGACGAAUGUGGAAGAGAUUGUGGUGUAGGAUAUUUGUAUGUGGUAGCAAACAUUAGAGGAGGACGGGAUGAGAAGGAUGAGAAGAAGCAAUGACGAGAGAGACGAGGAAGACGAGGAAGACAGGGAGGAGGAGGAGUUCUGUUUGGCAAAGUAGGCUAAAAAUUGUAUAUUAUCGAAGAAAAAAAAAACGAAUGAACUCGCCGUAUUUUUCAAAGGAAGCAAUGAUAUUGUACGCGUCUUUGCGAGGUGUGUGCAUAUAGCAUCGGGC